UCAAACGCAGGCUCAUUUAUGAUCCUAAUAAAGUUAAUAAAUUAAACCAACACAUUUAUCCGAAUAACCAACGUUUUUUGAAGGUUACUCCAAGGAAAAAUAAAUACAACAUGGCUAGAAACAUAUUAAAAAGGAGCUGUUGUAUCAUAAAUACCCCAAUUAGACAAAAUUUUUAUUUUAGUACAAAAUUCCUGCCUAAGGAUAUGAAAGCAUGGCUUCUGCACAAAUUUGAUAAGGAGGUGCAGAUACAUAUGCCAAAACUCGAACAAAUUAAGUUACCAACAUCUUUGGGUACCAACGAGAUCUUGGUACAAGUUAAAGCAGCUUCGUUGAAUCCUAUUGAUGUAAAAAUGACUCAAGGAUUUGGUUCUGUGUUGUUUAAAGGCUUAAGAAAACUUAAUAGGUCCACUUUGCCUGAGUUUCCUGUGAUCCUUGGGCGAGAUUUCUCUGGUAUUGUGGUGAAGACAGGCUCUCAUGUGACUAGACUGAAAGAGGGAGAUGAGGUUUGGGGGACCCCUGCAGUGUGGAAACAAGGUUCAUUUGCUGAGUAUUGUCUUGUUGGUCAAGAUGAGAUUGCUCUCAAGCCCAAAUCUUUGAGCUAUGUUGAAGCUGUUUCAUUUCCGUAUGUUUAUCUAACAAUGUGGGCAGCAUUAUGUAAUGUUUGUGGAUUAAAACAGGAGAAUGCUAAAGGAAAACGAAUAUUUAUAGUUGGAGGAAGUGGUGGUGUUGGGAAUAUUGGAAUUCAGAUGAUGAAGGAAUGGGGUGCACAUGUGACAACCUCAUGUAGCACAGAUGCCAUUGAUUUGGUAAAAAAGCUUGGCGCCGAUGAUGUCAUUGAUUAUAAAACAGAAGAUCUUGUGAAAAGAUUAAAAAAUGAGCCAAGGUAUGAUGUGAUAUUGGAUUCUGUUGGAACAAAUCUCGAAUACUUCAAAAGUGGUUCCAAAAGGUCGUGUAACAAGACAUCGAAAUACGUUACACUAAUGCCUCCACUAUUGGACAUUGUCGACGAAUCUGGCCUCGCAUUGGGCACGUUAGCAGUUGUGAAUACGUUUCUGAGGAAGGCAGUAACAUUGAGGUUCCAGUCUAAUCUCGAUUACCAUUGGGGAUUUUUUCGUCCAAACAGUAAUGCACUCAACUAUCUUAACGAACUCGUGACUAAAGGGAAGGUCGUUCCUGUUAUAGAUAGCGUUUUCCCAUUUCAUUCAUUACCAGAAGCUUUUGAGAAAAUGAACCUGGGACAUUUGAGAGGAAAAAUUGUUGUUGACUAUGAAAGUCUCCGUUAAUGAAAUAUUGAAAGCCUGCGUUAAUGAAAUAUUGAAAGCCUGCGUUGAUGAAAUAUUGAAAGCCUGUUUUAAUGAAAUAUUGAAAGCCUGCGUUGAUGAAAUAUGUGUCUGUAACGGAAGAAUGUGGAAGAACAUAUAAGAAAUGAAAAAAUACACGAGACAACUUUGUUUCCUGUCAAGACUUGAAGAUAGGUUAGCUUAAUCCACUGUUAUCUAUAUGGGCUACCUAUGCUUUUAUUGUAAACAUCGUUGACAGGAGAUCGAAAUCCUCGUUGAACUUUUUUUCAAUAUAAUAUAAUACGUGAUCGAUUUGUGUAGCAGAUUUUUUAAAAUGACCACCCAUCAAAAAAAUACAGCAAAAAGAAUAAUAGAAAGUUAACGUAAUUCUGAUUUAACAUACAGUCCAAAGUUGGAGAAAAGAAAAUUUAUAAUAUGUACUUAUGAGUAGUAAAACAUCUGUCAUAUCAAUAGAUUGAUUCAUCGUGAAAUUACAGGUAUAGCUGGGCGUGAUAUAGCCAUUAAAUAUCUUUAUAUAACUUUA